AUGAUCAUUGGAAAUUCAAAACUAUACACAUCCAUAGAAACUGUGAUGGCUAAUGACUAUAGUACUGCCUACCCCGUUGAAUUUAUCAACUCCUCAGAGUUAACAGGUGCGUCUUCGCAUAAGCUGGAGCUUAAAUUUGACGUUCCAGCUCUGCUGAUGCGAAAUCUUGAUGUACCGUGCAACGGCACCAGGCUUCGUAUCAGAGAGCUUGGCUGUAAUAUUAUAAAAGCUACCAUUAUUAUAGGAGCAGUUAAAGGAGACAGCGUUUUAAUUCCCCGCAUAUCUUUUAUUCCAAAAAUCUUGCCAUUUUGUUUCAAGAGGUUGCAAUUUCCCUUAAAAUGGGCUUUUAAAAUGACGAUCAACAAAUCCCAAGGCCAAACAGGGCUUAAUGUUGUAUACAUUAUGGUAUUAGAAUAA